GCUCACACAAACAGUUGCUCACACAAUCAGCUGUAAACUCUACCACCAUCACCAGUCUACGUUGCCACCCCUUCCUAAGUCUUUCAUCGACUUCACAGCCAAAAUGUCAGGGUUCUCCCAACUGCCUCCCGCCUGGAACAACCCUUCAGCAUCACCAUCUGCGCCGCCGUUAGACCCUAGCGCGUACUCCCAACUCCCGUUCCCCCAACAUCCACAUUCUCAACAAAUAUAUUCCCAACAGCCAUAUCCCCAACAGCCAAAUCCCCAACAGCCAAAUCCCCAGCAGCCAAAUCCCCAGCAGCCAUAUUCCCAACAGCCUUAUCCUCAACAGUCGUACCAGCAGCAACAGGGACAACCUUAUUCACAACAGAUGUAUCCACAGAAGCCUUAUCCUCAACAGGCGCCAUCGACACAAGUGGUGGUGGAGCAGCGUGACCCAUCGCCUGUGAUGCUACACACCCAACAGCCUCCAAUCAUCGUCCAGGAGAGAGUCGUCAUCAAUAACAGGAGGCCGUUGGUGGGUGCAGGAGUGGGUGCGGACUUGUUGUUCGGCAUGGCAGCGAGUAGAGGCCUCCGACACCAUCACCGUCACCACCAUCACCGCCACCACAGGCAUUAGUGUGGUGCUGGUGUCACGUGAGGAAAAAUGAUGAUGGUAACAGUCUCAGCAGAACCAGAAAGCACCCAACAACUCCACCAUUUACUACUGUAGACUUCUAAUUUAAAGUGUAUUUCUACAAGCAAAAUACACUUGAACAAACAGG